UUCCGCUCCAUUGUAUGAUUUCAUAACUUGUGUAAUCAUACUAACGUGUGUCUGCGUCAGGGCACACACAGUCUUCACAUGCGUGUUGUGGUUAGUGCGCAUCCGCGUGUUUGCGAAUUCACCUGGUUGACGUCACACGUGAACUGCUCUCUAGCGCGCGAAUGCCUGUCGAGCCGCAGUAGUGAGUCACAGACAGAGAGAGAGAGAGAGAGAAAGAGGGAGGGAGGAGAGAGAGAGGAAGAAACAGCUCUAGCAAAGACCUGAACACUUCCUUAACCUCCAUUGAAGAUUGUGAAGUCGGUCCUCCGGGAGAACCGUGGUUCUCCACAAGAAAAGAAACAAACUAAACUCGCGACAAAAGCGGACACUUUCCAGCUCAGCGGAAGAGGGCCUUCCAGUCGAGGACGAAAGCCUGAGAGUAGCGAAAGCUCCUUGAGGCCACGCGCACGUGAGAAGUCACCAUGGCGCCCUUCCUGCGUAUUGCCUUCAGUGCUUAUGACGUGGGCGUUCUGCACUCCUCUUGCUGAACCUCCCAUCUGCGCCAUCAAGAUGAAGGAGUCCGUCAACACAGAGCGAGGAAAGACCUUGGUCCAGAGGAAGCCCACCAUGUACCCGGCCUGGAAAGCCACUUUUGAUGCUCACAUCUAUGAGGGGCGAGUCAUAGAAGUGGUCCUCAUGCAGAGUGCUGAGGAGCCAUUGGCCAAGGCCACGGUUGGAGUGUCUGUACUGGCAGAACGCUGUAAGAAGUCGAAGACCAGCGGCCGUGCCGAGUUCUGGUUGGACCUGCUUCCUUCGGGGAAGGUCCAGAUGGAUGUGCAGUACUUCUUGGAGGACACUGAUGCAGUGUCGUGUCAGCAAUCGGUGAAGGUUUCUUGCGAGGAUGGCCUCACGACCCUCAACAGGAGGAGAGGAGCCAUCAAGCAGCCCAAAAUUCACAUCAUCAAGAACCACGAGUUUACCGCCACCUUCUUCGGCCAACCCACCUUCUGCUCUGUCUGCAGGGAGUUUGUCUGGGGGUUCAACAAGCAAGGUUACAAGUGCAGACAAUGCAAUGUGGCGAUCCACAAGAGAUGCAUCGAUAAAAUCAUCGGCAGGUGCACCGGGACAGCAGCCAACAGUCGGGACACUAUGUUCCAGAAGGAGCGCUUCAAGAUCGAUAUGCCGCAUCGCUUCAAGCAACAUAACUACAAGAGCCCCACUUUCUGUGACCACUGUGGCAGUCUGCUCUGGGGUCUCUACAAGCAGGGCCUUAAAUGUGAAGACUGUGGCAUGAACGUACAUGCUAACUGUCAGAAGAAAGUGGCCAAUCUGUGUGGAAUCAACCAGAAACUACUGGCAGAGGCUCUGUCUCAAAUCAGCCAGAAAUCUAUCAGGAAGUCUGAUGAUUCCAAUGCAGAAGAAAUUGGGAUCUAUCAAGACAUCAACAGUGCAACAGUGGACUCUGGUGACGGCAAGGCACGUGAGGGCUUGAGCCCAGGCCCAGCCACACCUACAGUACCCCGGGUACGCCUCAACAUGAACCACCUGGUAUUCCACAAGGUGCUGGGAAAAGGCAGCUUUGGCAAGGUGCUGCUGGCAGAGCUGAAGGGGAAGGGCCAGUACUUUGCUGUGAAGGUCCUGAAGAAGGAUGUCGUUCUCAUGGACGACGACGUGGAGUGCACCAUGGUGGAGAAGAGAGUCCUGGCCCUCGCCUGGGAGAACCCCUUCCUCACACACCUCUACUCCACAUUCCAGUCUAAAGAGCACCUCUUCUUUGUAAUGGAGUACCUGAAUGGAGGCGACUUGAUGUUCCACAUCCAAGACAAAGGGCGUUUCGAGCUCAACAGAGCCACAUUCUACUGUGCCGAGAUAAUAGUGGGACUGCAGUUCCUCCACUCUAAAGGAAUCAUCUACAGAGAUCUGAAGCUGGACAAUGUGAUGCUGGACAAGGACGGACACGUCAAGAUAGCAGACUUUGGCAUGUGCAGAGAGAGUGUGUUUGGAGACGUCAAAGCCACCACAUUUUGUGGGACACCAGACUAUAUCGCACCAGAGAUCCUGCUAGGACAGAAGUACACCUUCUCUGUGGACUGGUGGUCUUUCGGCGUGCUGGUGUACGAGAUGCUCAUCGGUCAGUCGCCCUUCCAAGGCGACGAUGAGGAUGAGCUGUUUGAGUCCAUCAGGUCGGACACCCCUCACUACCCUCGGUGGAUCACCAAGGAGGCCAAGAACCUCAUUGAACUGUUGUUUGAGCGAGAUCCCAGUCGCAGGUUGGGUGUGGUGGGCGAUGUCCGUGCCCAUCCGUUCUUCAAAACCAUCAACUGGCCAGCACUGGAGAAGAGACAGAUGGACCCUCCUUUUAAGCCCAAAGUGAAAUCCCCCAGUGACUGCAGCAACUUUGACCGAGAGUUCCUGAGCGAGAAGCCGCGGCUCUCCCACGCUGACAAGAACCUCAUCGAUUCCAUGGACCCGGCAGCGUUCGCUGGCUUUUCCUUCAUCAACCCCAAACUGGAAAACAUGAUUAGCAAAUGAAAAGAACUAAAUUGCUCCUUUGGGAACACGGUCUUAGCCUCAGACUUGGAAAUAGGCUCUGAGUGCAACUGGAUGGAUAACAAGAACAUGAAAAGAUUUGGGCUUGACUAUGACUUCUAUAGUUCCUCUAUCGGAGGACGAGAGAUAAAGCUGGCGUUUAAAGCAAACAUCUCGUCUCAACUGUCAAAACUGUAUAGGUGUAUAAAAUAAUAUAAAGCUCCAGGAAAUUAAGGGAGAUUCUUAUAAUGAAGGGUGGGGGGAGUAGGAGGGGGGUAGUCAAUGAUGCAUUCUGUCUUUUCUUACUCUUCUGUCAUUUUGCCUCGUGAUGACACCUUGAAUAUAAGCGGAUCAUCGAAUGUACUGUAUUUUAAUCCACCGGAUUUAAAUCCCUCUGAAUUGAAGUUCCUCCAUCACACAUCCCAGAGUCUCGCAUAACCUGAAAAGCAUUAAUCCGGUUUAAAUGUUGUCACGUAUUUUAAUGUACACUUGGUUUCAAAAACCUCUUGCUGAACAUCCAACUGAAGUGUCGUGCGAACAAUCGCUCUGCACUUAAUAUUGAUUUUCUGGGCUGCCAUCACUUAUUGGACAGCAAUGUUAUGGUACUUAACCUGUAUAUGUGCUGAAGGAUGUGUAAUCUUGUGUGGGAGGUAUGGGCAUUCCACUGUAAGCAUUUUGGUCUUUGAAAUGUAUUAUGUUACUUAAAUGUAGGGAUUUUUAACAUGAAAAUAAUAGUGCUGUAUAUGGAAAAUGAAUAUGUACAUUCCAAUGA